AUGUCUGAUUCUGAAAUCAGUUUCGACUACGACGACGACUCCCUUCAAAGCGGCUCAGAAUUCUCCGAUGACCCGCCUUCCUCUCUCGCGGCGCCGCUGUCCCAAAUUCCGCCCCGCAAAUCGCCAAACUUCCUCUCGUCUUUCAUGUUCCGGCCCACGCGGGUGCUGGGGUAUAUUUUAGAGCAUUUCCUCACUCCGGCGAAGGCGCUCCAGGCCCUUUUGCCUGAUUUCUCCAUGGACGAGCUUUUGGUGAUGUUACAGUACAAAAAGUGGCUGGCCAGCGAGGUUACAAGCGACUAUUACGAGAACUGGCCUAAGCUACGCAAGUCUUGUGGACUUCCAGAAGAAAGAGGUGUCUCACACCGUUUGCGGGACCAGGUGCCCUUUUUGUGUCCUAUUUGCUGCGAGGACUCUGUUACAGAUGUGUUUCUGCUCCUAUGUGGCCAUGAAUACUGUCUUCCCUGCUAUAGUCAAUACGUCAAGGCCAGCACGCGAAAAGGCUCGCUAAUUCGAUGUAUGGACGUCGAAUGCAACUUUGCUAUAGUUCCUUCAGACGUGGAGUUCCUUCUUCAGGCUUCUGUGGCUGCUCCUGAGCCUGAAGCAGAUGUUUCAAGCGAAAGCAGCGCUAGCAUAUCAUCAUACGACCAGCAGUUUGAGAGACUCGAUCUUCUGGGCCGGUUGGUGGCACACGAGCCUCGGGAACCUUUACUUGAAAACGCAUAUCUCGUUUCUGCCGCUUCGCUUGACAUAGACUCACGGCAUGAACAAUACCGCUGGUGUCCUGCGGUCGAUUGCACCGGACUAGCUGAAUUGGUGGUCAAUCCCCGGAAAGACGAUUUUGAAUUCUCGAGUGACAUCGACUUGGCUAAUGUUGCCAUUGUCUCGUGUCCCAACUCACACGAGUUCUGCUUUGAUUGUCAGUAUGAAAACCAUCUUCCGUGUCCCUGUUGGCUUGUGAAAAAAUGGGUCAAACGAUGUGAAGACGAUUCGGAAACUGCGAACUGGAUUGAGGCAAAUACCCAGUCAUGUCCUCGGUGCCACACGCAGAUAGAAAAAAAUGGGGGCUGUAAUCAUAUGAAGUGCCAAAAAUGCACUCUCGAAUUCUGUUGGAUCUGCUUGGGGGAUUGGGCCGUGCACCAAUCUGCGUACUGGAAAUGCAACCGUUACGAUCCUAAAGAGGUGGAGCAGGUCAAGAAGAAGCGCUCUGACAAACAGGCGUCGCUUAGCCGUUAUCUUCAUUUCUACAAGCGUUUUUGCGUGCACCAAAAGUCGAUGCAAGGCGAUGAAAAGACUCUACGCAGUGUUCAUCGGUGUAUGCUUUCAUACAUGAAAGCUCAGCGGCUCAGCUCCGCCAAGUCUGUGCUGUGGAACGAUGUUCAGUAUCUUUCCGAUGCUAUUCGAAGUCUUUCCAGCGGGCGGAAAACGUUGAUGUGGACCUAUGCAUUUGCGUUUUAUCUUGAGAAAUCCAACUUUGCAGAGAUUUUCGAAGGCAUGCAAGAUUUCCUCACUAAGACCGUCGAGGAUCUCUCGAGCCUUUUUGAGGAGCUAGAUGGGGUCAAUGGGUCAGAAGCAGUUUCUCGAAUCACGAAGAGGAAAUCAGAUAUUGUGAACCUAUCUGCACUUGUGACUAGGCGUCAGCAUUUGCUUUUGGAAUGCGCCCACACGGGACUUUUGCAGGGCCAGUUGGCAUUCCGUGAAUUAUAG